AGUCUACGCACCACGGCGUGGACGGCGGCCCUGCAUCGUGGCGUUUAACGCUCGAUCAGGAUCUUAUUGACACGCUCAAACGUAGCUUCCCAACUUGGUUUCAAGCGUCCGCCAGCAGCAGUGACGGCACUACAACCACAACAAUAACAACAACUACACAAGCAACUAUAAAAGCGCCAAGCGCAACAACCACAGCCGUAACUGAGCACACAAAGCCAACCAAAGCAAAGGUGCAAGACGUUGCCGAGCCAAGCAAAUGCAACAGCAACAGUGUCAACGGCACGAAAAACUACAACGGUAAAAUCAAUCCGAACACUGCUAUCGUCAACAUCGUUAAAAGUGGUGCUAGCAACUGCACGACACCCAUCACCGUUGACACCACAAACCAUCUGCAUCAACAACUGCCAUAUCUGCAUCAUCAUUACCAUCACCAGCUGCUACAUCACAGUCACGGCAGCGGCUUAAAGCGACACAGCAGCGACAGCAUUGUCAAAGGCAUCACUUCGCCGCAGCACAACGGUAGCGGUUAUUCAGCGAUUUUAUCCUCUUCAUCAUCGUCAGCUUCGCCCGCCUCGUCGAUUGCAUCGAACAGCUCUGUGGCCUCUUCGAAGAAAUCCAUAUCGAGCCAUAAGAGCAGCAGCAGCAGUAAUAGCAACAGCAGCAGCAGUAGCAGUAGCAGUUCUUCAUCGUCGUCCGUGACCUCAUCGAAAUCAUCGUCCUCGUCUGCCUCUUCUGGCAGCGCGACAUCUUCAUCUUCGAAAGCAUCCACAUCCGUACGGACGUCAGCCGCAAAAUCCACUGUCGUCGCGGCUAACGGCGCACAUCAAAAAUCUACGAAAACAGAGGAAACAGCGGAGAAGAAGAGCGCAGAACGAACAAAAGCAGCCGUAAAAUCGGCUGUCAAGUCGGUGGUGAAGGCGCGUGAAAAGUCAGCUUCCACGGUUUCAGCGUCCGCAACAGCCGCAUCGGCAGCGACGACGACCGCGCUUACCUCCACCGCAGUGUCAACGAAGGCGGCGGCAAUUACAAAAUCAGCUUCACUGCACUCCUUGAGCAGCUGUUCCGGUGGCUCUGCUUCAUUACUCGCAACAUUCUCGUCGCCGGGGUCGACAACAACCACCGUUGAGAUUAUAUCGGAUACGUCGUGUAACGCGUUGCUGACAGCGUCACAGCUCAGUGGCAAAGUGGGCUUCGGACAUACAUUUCAAGACGUUAUACUGUUGCAGGAAGCAUACGACGAUAUGUCAGAAGGUGAACAACGCUUGAAUGCAGCGACAGCAUCAUUCCUCAGCAGCGGCAUUGGUGGUAUUAGCAGCGAUGAUGGCACAAAUUCCGAUGGCUAUGAUCCGAGGCAAUCACCACCGAAGGCGAUUGUUGAUUCCAGCCCAUUGCAGCCGGCGAUGGAUAAGAAUAAAGAAUCGCUUAAAGUGAAACUAAUGGUGAGAAGACCACAUUCACAGCUCGUCGAACAGGGGAUCAUACCACCCUUGAAGACCUCGCCCGCCAUACACGAGCAAUGCAAACAAUUGGAGCGCGCCAAAACCAGCGAUUUGCUGAAGGCAAAAAUACAACAGCGACCAAAUCGUGAGGAUUUGGAACGUCGCCACAUAUUGGAGGAAGAUGAGUGUCAUAUCGAUCCGAGUUUGGCGGAGAAACAGCGCAUGCUAAAGAAAGCACGCUUAGCCGACCAACUCAAUUCACAGAUACAGCACCGUCCGGGUCCGCUUGAACUUAUCAAAAAGAAUAUCCUACACACCGAAAAGCCGAUUGAGAAGAUUGUCAAAGAGGGUUUGGUGUCAUUCAAGGCCACAAGCGAGGGUUUACUCACACGUCCACAGCAUCCACAUAGUUAUGUCACCUACGACGAGGACUCGCAGAGCUCUGAGAGUGACACACGCCAGACGCCACCACGCGCAGGUGAACAGCCCCUCCCCGUCGGUCAGGGUGAAGCUUUGCAGGCUGCUGCUGCUGCUUGCGCAGGCGUUGUUACGGUAGCAUUAACUAUACCUACUAGCAGUGGGCCGGUGGUUGUGACAUCAGCACCGUUGCUGCAAAGCAGCACGCCGGUAGCUAGUAAGGCAUCUACUGUGCCCCCACCACCACCACCACCGCCGCCUGUACCAUUUGCCAGCGGCAUAAAGGUAAAGCAAGAGACCGCAAAUCUAUUUGAAGAGCUAUGCCAGUCUGUGGCUGGACCAUCGGCAAGUCCUGGCGGAAAUUUUCUACCAAUGGUGUCCUCCCCUGCCUCCUUGACUUCGACCAUUUCUUCGCUGAGUCCACUGUCUUCUAUAGCUUCGCCAUCAUCACAGUCACUUACGCCACUUCCGCCGCUGAGCUGCCAGAUGUCACUGGCCAAAUCGGAUGCACCGGGCAAGGAGAAGAACAGGAAAAAAUCGAAAUCGAAGCCUGCUUGUAAGGCGCGCACGAUUAAGUUCCACGAGUACAAGGGUCCGCCGAAUGCUGCGCAAAAGCUGAUCAGCGAAAGCAGUCAGCCGGAGGAGACAUCAUAUCAAUUGAUGUUGGAACAGCAAAACUGUUUGCUCAAAUUUCUCGAAACGCUCAACAAGAAUCAAACAAUAGUGCCGGCAACCACAGGCGCUGCGGCAAGUACGGGCGGGAAUGCCAGUUCAGUCGGUGGUUUGGUGACAACGGUGGCCAAAUUCAGCGCUACAGCGGCUACAACAGCUGCUACAGCAACGAAAAUAUCAACUGCGCUGUCUUCUCCCACGCCAGCCACACCUUUGUCCAGCGUGACGGCGGCAAGCGAUGGCACGAGCAGCACAGCCUCACCAGCUAAUUCAACAUUUUCGAUUAUUUCGACUCCACGUCCGCCGCCACUUCCAUCGCCGGCACUCUCCGUAGCAUCCUCUAUACCGCCCAGCCCGGCUACCAGCUACGCUGAGUCCACAUGCUCCACUACGGACAUUUCUCGAUUGGAAAAGAUGAAAGUCUCGGACUUGAAAAUGCACCUGAAGCGUCGAAAUUUGCCUGUUUCUGGUCCGAAACCGCAACUAAUUGAACGCCUAAAACCUUUUUUGCCACUAGACGCGACCGAAUGUUCGACUAUUGUGAAUACACCCGCCUCCACGGCUUGUUCAGAGAUUGCCUCCAUAUCCGCGGGUGAAGCUAUGGACGCCACUAACACGGCAGUGUCCGAUGUGCCCGUGUCCAUGAUUGUGAAUUCCCCGCAUACCGGAGCGUCAAUGUCACCCGAGCGGCAUACGCUGGAGCACGAGCAAAUGGAUAUCGUGCAGCACGUGGACUCGCCACGUCCGGUACCUUUACAAACGAUUCUACAACCAAAACCGCAGGCAGCCACCAUCAUUUUGACGAACGACGAUUUGGUGCGCGAGCAGAAGCGACAAAUCGACGAGCUGCAGCGUCAGUUACAGCGUUCGCAACAAGAACUGCAACAGAUGCGCCAGAAGCAGCAACAAAAGCAAACUGUCACCGCACAGGUGAUGAACGCCCUGCCAACGCAGCAAAUUACGCUCAUCACCACCACAACGGCACCACAUUGCGCGCCACUCACCGUCUUGCCACAGAUAAAAGAAAAUAUUGCCGUACCUGCCAAGGUAACAGCAAAAUCGCAGGCUGCCAAAGUAAACGCGGCUAAUGCAGCGGCUCACAAGGCAAAUGCCACCAAUACAACUGCGGUGACACCGCAGGCAAUGAGCCAGAAAAUGGUGGUAAAGCAGCAAUUGGAGGCGAAGAUCCAAAAACAGAAACAGGCGGCAGCUGCGGCCGCGGCUGCUGCAGCAACACAGGCAAAACAACAUGCGCAGCACGUGCAGGCUCAAGCCUUGGCGCAGGCGCAAGCGCAGGCACAAUUGCGACUACUCACAUCCACGCAAAAGACACAAACUUUACUCAUUCCAACAGUCACAGCGACUACGACGACAACGACGAUGGGGACACAAAAGAUGGCAAACGCAGCGCGACAGAAGAAUUCAACCAUCGGCAACACAAAUUUAAAGGGCAACAAUGCGUCCAACACAAAUGCUACUACAACAACAAUCCUUGCCAAUCAAAUACCGCUGGCGGCAAAGACGCACAACAAUUUGGGACUCGUGUGGAACGAGGGCAAUCAGACGAUCUUCCUGGUCGGGUUGAACGAUCAGCACAUGACGGCGCAUACGAUCGGCAAUAUCUCGCUGGCAAACGCAAGCCCUGCCACGAAGAAGCUGCUGAAUGGACAUCAGCGCACCAGCUCGCUGCCCAGUAUACUCUUGCCCAUCGGCACGCCGCAAGGGCACGAGCCACAGCAGCUGAUUGAGGCCAAGCCGGUCAUUACACAACAACAAUUGCAGCAGUUGCAACUGCAGCAGCAACAACAACAGCAGCAGCAGUACCACAAUCGUGCCUUCCAGCCAACGCAACAGAUCAUACACUUGGAUAUAAAACCACAAAAUCUUCCACCGCCGCCACCACCGCCGCCGCAGUACGAGGAGGCCACGAAGCAGUUGGCGGCCAAGGCCAAUUUGGCGCAUAUCAAAAUCAAGGAGGAACCGAACACCGGUCGCAGCACGCCGCACACACACACAAACUCGGUUACCACGCAGACCACAAGCAAGCGCAAGAACGCUGUCAAAUCGGAGAAAGUGACAGAUGUGCUCAACAUUCUCGUCAAGCAGGGUGAGCUGCCCGAGAGCGUGCUGGAGCCCAUAACGCCCGUGACGCCGCUUACACCAGGCGGCAGCAAUGCACUGAUGACAGACAUGAGCGGCAACUUGAUAUUCAAUACCAGCACCUCUUCCGAUGCGUUGGCUGCUUCAGGUGCGUUGGUGCCCAAGCUGGAGCCGCGCAGCAGCCCAAUGCCUGACAGCGGUUUGUCCACACAUCCCAUGGAUACAACACCUUGCACGCAACAGCAGCGACAGCGACAGAUGCAGCAGCGGCGGGAAGCGCAGAGCGAUAUGGACAGCGUUUUCCAAAUGUUCAACAGCGGUAGCGAUGUGCCGUCUUCAGGGAUCGGUUCAGCGCUGACCAGCGGCUUCAUUGAAAAUAUCGACAUGGCCUCGCCAUUGCAGCCCAACGCACAUAUUGAUGCCGAGAAUGUGGCAAAUACAUUGGACAUUUUCCUGGAGCAACACCAUUCCACACCACCGCCACUUGUGCCCACUAGCGGAGGCGGAGGCGGAGGCAUAAACUUACAUCAUCAUCAGCACCAACACCAGUCGCCCACGCACCACGAUAUGCUUAGCAAGGCGUCGAGCACGCCAGAGCGGCCUAUGGGUCACGCGGUGGGCAGCCCAGAUGCGAAACUUAAUCACUUCGAUGAGUUUGAGCUGCUCGAGUUGAUGUCACAGCAGCUGGAGAUGGACAUCGGUGACGAUGCCAGCAACUUCGUCGGUGGUGGUGGUGGUGUUGGCCUUAAUCCUGCCCAUCAUCAGAACUUACAUCAUUCCAGUGGCGACAGCAAGGCUGGUUGCGCCAAUGGCGUCGACUCCUCACCAAAUGGUGCUGCUCAAACACUGAAUGGACUGCGACGUGACAUGAAUCCAAGCUUGCAGCCAUCGAUCAACGAGCUUAUACAACAGCAACUGCAACAACAGAGCCAGCAACAACACGCAUACCAUUCAUUGCAUCACAAUAAUAACAGCAAUAACAAUGGCGCUGUAAUGCACGCUGGAGUGGCUGACGUAGACUUCGAUGCGGAGAGCUUUGUAGCGCAACUUACGCAAGCGAGUGGUGAGCAUAGUGGCAUGGCUAGCAACAACAAUCUCUCGCAUUAUAAUCGCAGUAUGUUGGAUGACCUUGGUAGCGUCACAGACGGCGGCAGUCCACACAACAACAAUUGUCACAAUGGCAAUAGCAGCCUGGCUUCAAGCAGUGACAGCCACCAGCAUCACCACCACCAACACACAAAUGAGCGUGGCCACAGUCACAGCAGCGCUAAUCACUUCAGUGCUACGCCUAUGGAUGUUUGCGAUGAUUUCGAUAAUCCGCUAGGCAGUUUCAGCUUCUCUACAUUCUCGCCAGACUCGAAUAUCAAUACGCCACCACAUCCAUUCGGGAGCGGCAGCGACGGUGGCAGUAACAGUGCCAUAUUGAAUGGCGCUUGUAUUAAUGGUGAAGCAAAUAUGGGUCUUGGCAUAGGUGGUGGCAUGGUGAGUGGAGUUGGUGGCGCUCCGGCGACAGCCUCCUCUAGCUGCGGCAUGCAAGCAAACGCCUCUCUGGGUGGUAUGGGUGAACAAAUGUCAAUUUGUGGCAUGGCCAAUGGACUUGGCGGCGAGGGAAGCGUAAUGAUGGGCGGUGGUGGCGAUGCCGAUGGCAGCGGUAUGGGGGGAGAGAGUGCAGUAACGUCAGCGGGUGGUGGUGAUAGCUUUGGGGCGGCUGGUGACAUAUUCGAUUUGUUCAAUAUGGACGACUAUAAAAUGUCCUGGGGCGAGGGAGAUUUUGCGGUGUAAGCGAGCAGAGAGAGAGGGAGAGUGAGAGAGAGAGAUGGGUGAGCAGCGAACUAGCAUUAGAGAGAGGAAGAGAGUGUGAGGCAGGGCGGCAAAGUAGCGAUUGCUUAGUGCAGUGGGCGUUUGUUUACUGGCUAGCUGUUGUGUUGUGCGUCGCCAGACGGACGUGGUGGAGGCGAUAACCGUUUGGAAUUAAGACGGUGCCCGGAGGACGGCAGGAAAUCGAAUUAAUGCUAAUGGCUUUGUAGAAAGUCUUUGCGGCGGCGGCGGCGGCUGCAGUGACCGAGAGAGAGACACUGCCAGUGUGGGAGUUUUAGAAAGGUUUAUUAGGCAAUUAUUCUGUGGGAGAGAGGGUUUGCAUGCGUAGCUAACAGUGUUUGGUUUGCACUGUGUGCAAAUGAAAAGCAGAAGGAAAUAUUUGUAUGCACAUUAUCAGCUGCGCGGUGUUACACAAUCACCAAAACAUACAUAUGUAUGUAUGUGUACAUUCAAACUUAUUCCUUUUUUAUUACUACUAUAUUUAAUAUAUUUAUAUAACUAUAUCUAAUGGAGUCACCCCUACUUUGAAAAAGAAAAAUGCAUUUAAAAUUAAUUAAAUAAAACCAAAACAAAUGACGCUUGCAAUGUAAGCGGAAAUUUCCAUGUGGAAGCUGAGCAGCUGAUAUUGCGGAUAGAAAUAUUUUCUUACGGAAUGGGUGUAGGUAUAUUGAUGCCGAGUAGGAGUGCAUAAGGAAAUGGGAAAGAGGUAGUCGGAAGACAUGUUAAAGGGCGUAAAUGUAAUCAAGAUCAUUCCAAAAAUUACACAAAAAAAAA